UGGAAAGGAAGGAACCGGAUGAACAGGCCCAGGGCAAACCAGUCCCCGUCAGUGCUCAGGCCAGCCACAGGAGUGGGCGUCCUCUGGAGCCGAAGCAAAGCCGCCGUCACAGGAACCCGAGCCCUGAGCCCGAGCCCCUGUGUCUGGGAUCGGUUUCGAUGCCCUCCUAGGCGGCGCCGCGGGAUGGAGCGCUUCAAGGACUCAGGGACACAGACGGACGCGGUGGUGGUGCUCUCGCUGGCUCAGGCUGCCGUCCUGGGCCUGGUCUCCGAGAAUGAGCUCUUCGGGGCGACCAUAAGCGCCGAGGCCUUCUACCCUGACCUGGGUCCCGAGCUGUCCGGGGCCACCACGGGGGACCCCGGGCCGCCGGGCCCUGACAUCUACCAGCUGGCGUGCAACGGGCGCGCGCUGGAGGAGCCGGUGGAAGAGGAGGUGCUGGAGGUGGAGGCCGCCUUCGAGAAGCACACGCGGCGGAAGACGCGGCCGCCCGUGCGCCUGGUGCCCAAGGUGAAGUUCGAGAAGGUGGAGGAGGACGAGGAGCAGGAGGUGUACGAGGUGUCGGUGCCCGGGGUGGACAAGGACGGGGGUGCGGCGGCCGAGGCGGUGGCCGAGGCGGCGGCGGGCGAGGCGCUGGUGCAGAGCAGCGCGGUGCGGAUGAUGGACCUGAGCGCCUUCGGCCGCAAGCUGCGGCCGCUGCGGCCCGCGCCCCGCACGCCCCGGCCCGAGCUGGACGCCGCGCCCUUCGAGCCCCCCUUCCCCGAGCCGCAGCCCGGCGCGGCGCUGCCGGGGCCUGAGGCCUUGCCGGCCGAGUGCGGGUUCCCACCGGCCCAUCUGGCCCCGCUGGGUGACCCCGAGGUCCCCGCCCUGGCGUCCCCCGAGCCUGGGAAGCCGGAGUCCGGCUUCGUGUGGCAGGAGGCCGGGGAGUUCGAGGCGGAUGCGGCCGGCUCGACGGCCGAGCGGCACAAGAAGGCGCAGCUGGACCGGCUGGACAUCAACGUGCAGAUCGACGACAGCUACCUGGUGGAGGCGGGCGACCGGCAGAAGCGCUGGCAGUGCCGCAUGUGCGAGAAGUCGUACACGUCCAAGUACAACCUGGUCACGCACAUCCUGGGCCACAACGGCAUCAAGCCGCACUCCUGCCCGCACUGCAGCAAGCUCUUCAAGCAGCCCAGCCACCUGCAGACGCACCUGCUCACGCACCAGGGCACGCGGCCGCACAAGUGCCAGGUGUGCCACAAGGCCUUCACGCAGACCAGCCACCUCAAGCGCCACAUGCUGCUGCACUCGGAGGUGAAGCCCUACAGCUGCCACUUCUGCGGCCGCGGCUUCGCCUACCCCAGCGAGCUCAAGGCCCACGAGGUGAAGCACGAGAGCGGCCGCUGCCACGUGUGCGUGGAGUGCGGCUUGGACUUCUCCACCCUCACCCAGCUUAAGCGCCACCUGGGCUCACACCAGGGCCCCACGCUGUACCAGUGCCUCGAGUGUGACAAGUCCUUCCACUACCGCAGCCAGCUGCAAAACCACGUGCUCAAGCACCAGAACGUGCGGCCCUUCGUGUGCACCGAGUGCGGCAUGGAGUUCAGCCAGGUACACCAUCUCAAGCAGCAUUCCCUCACCCACAAGGGUGUGAAGGAGUUCAAGUGUGAGGUGUGCGGCCGUGAGUUCACGCUCCAGGCCAACAUGAAGCGCCACAUGCUGAUUCACACCAGCGUCCGGCCCUACCAGUGCCACAUCUGCUUCAAGACCUUCGUGCAGAAGCAGACCCUCAAGACACACAUGAUUGUACACUCGCCUGUGAAGCCAUUCAAGUGCAAGGUGUGCGGGAAGUCCUUCAACCGCAUGUACAACCUGCUUGGCCACAUGCACCUGCAUGCUGGCAGCAAGCCCUUCAAGUGCCCCUACUGCUCCAGCAAGUUCAACCUCAAGGGCAACCUGAGCCGGCACAUGAAGGUGAAGCACGGCGUCAUGGACCUCGGCCUGGACAGCCAAGACCCCAUGAUGGAGCUGGCGGGCCCCGACCCCUCUGAACUGGACAGCCAGCAGGAGAUGGAGGACUUCGAGGACAGUGGCUACACCUUCACCGGCGUGGACGGCGGCGCGGAGGCCGGCGCCCUCACGGAGCAGGCCAUGAAGGAGAUGGCCUACUACAAUGUGCUAUAGCAGGCGGAGGGCCAGGCCAGGGGGGGAGGCCCCGGGGGGGGGGGGGCGGCCCACGGGCCCUGCCCCAGAGCACAAGCUACUGCCCCGCGCCCCCUGCCCUCCCUCCGAGCCAUGCGCCCCUCGGGACCUUCAGACCAAAUGGAGACUCUACUACUGGCCUCGGCCUGGCGAGGAAGGGGACCGGAGGCCAGGACUGGUCUCCCAGGCCUGCUGCUGUGGGUGGGUGGGGACAUGCUGGCAGGGCCCGAGGGUCCUGACCGCUGAGCCAAGCCUUGCUUCUCCUCCUCUAGGGGAUCUGAGCUCCCGUGCUGGCCAGCACUGCCCCUUCCCCACCCGUCACUGAACUGCCAGGCGGGGCACUGCCGUCUACCUCCUGGGCCUGCCCAGCCCCCCCUCCCACCCCCCUCAGACAGCCUCCUUCCCAUCAGCCCCUGGCCCUGCCCGGCCGCCAUGUUGGGGUAGUUAAGUGUCCCAUCACCCUGUGCCAUCCUGUGUGGGAUGCCACAGUGUCCCCCACCCGAGGAGAUCCGGAGACACUCGCAGGGACCACCCCCCAGGGCGGUGACAGGGUGAGGCGUCUCUGGGGACCCACGGGGCAUCCUCAGGGGAGGCCAAGGACACCUGCCAGGGAAG